AUGACUGUCACAUACGAAUACCCCUCACGGGGUCUUACCCCAACCUCAAUGGCCAGUCUUACGGAUCGGUUUGAAUUGAUGAAAGAAGUCGGCGACGGGAGCUUUGGUAGCGUCGCGGUAGCACGUGUACGGACCGCCGGCUCGAACGUCGCGCGAAGGGGAACGCUGGUUGCCAUCAAGACGAUGAAGAAGACAUUCGAAUCAUUGGGGCCAUGUUUAGAAUUGCGGGAAGUGAUCUUCCUGCGAACGCUGCCCCCGCAUCCUCACCUUGUCCCGGCCCUCGACAUCUUCCUUGACCCUCUCACCCGCAAACUGCACAUUGCCAUGGAGUAUAUGGAUGGUAACCUUUAUCAACUGAUGAAGGCGAGAGACCACAAAUACCUGGACCAGAAACACGUCAAAAGCAUCCUCUACCAGAUUUUGGCCGGUCUCGACCACAUUCACGCCCACCAUUUCUUCCACCGCGACAUUAAGCCCGAGAACAUCCUUGUUUCUACAUCCGCCCCGAACGACUCUACUUUCAGCCGCUACUCUAACCUUGUCACUCCUCCUUCAACUCCCCCGACCUACACAGUGAAGAUUGCCGACUUUGGCCUUGCACGGGAAACCCACUCUAAGCUUCCCUACACUACAUACGUUUCUACGAGGUGGUACCGUGCUCCAGAGGUUCUCUUGCGCGCGGGCGAAUAUUCCGCGCCUGUCGACAUGUGGGCAGUCGGUGCCAUGGCAGUCGAGAUUGCCACACUCAAGCCUCUGUUUCCCGGCGGUAAUGAGGUUGACCAAGUCUGGCGCGUCUGUGAAAUCAUGGGUAGUCCCGGCAACUGGUACAGCAAGUCGGGCGCUAAACUUGGUGGUGGUGAAUGGAGGGACGGUGCGCGCCUCGCCCAGAAGCUGGGGUUCACGUUUCCCAAGAUGGCACCGCACUCCAUGGAGAGCAUCUUGCCUGCGCCUCAGUGGCCAGUGGCUCUCAGUAACUUCGUGACGUGGUGCUUGAUGUGGGAUCCGAAGAAUCGACCCACCUGUACACAAGCAAUGAACCACGAGUACUUUGCUGAUGCGGUUGAUCCCUUGCGACCAAGAUCUUCUACAGCCCGUCUACUCGGGCGCAAGCAGUCCGAGAAGAGCGUCAAAUCGCCUACGAAGGAAACCUACGAUUCCCCGACUCUUACUUCCAAGCCCUCCUGGUUCAGAAGAUCAUUAAUCGGCAGAUCCGAAAGCCCGGCCCCCGCUAUGGAAACCGAUCAGCCAUCCAAGCCAGCUCUUGUUUCGUACGAGUCGACACCGGAACCGCAGACCCUCAAAGCCAAACCCGUGGCCAUCAAACGCGCUACAUGGGCCCACGGAGCUCCUAUGCCGAUUCUCCCCUCGAUCCGACCCGUCUCACCGCUAUCUAAUGCGGUUACCGCUCAAGCCAACCCGCCGGCUCACACAGACUCGAGCAGUACGAAUGGCGCCAAGGCGAGCAAGAAGAUUGGACGCCAGCUUUCAGUCAACUCUCACGGCAACCACUAUGCCGAUAUCCAUCGACAAGAAGCGGAGCGAGCACUCAACGGCCUCGGCAACGGCAGCACCGUCACGGUUAGCCAAAAGGAGAGCUUCUUUUCUCAUCUUCGCAAACGUGCACGCCGGCUAUCUGGCCGCAACCAGGCUAAUGUGAUGAAUGAUGAUAUUGAGGCGAAUGCCGGUUGCAUGCCGUGGUCAAACCGGUCAUCGCUGGCUCUGGAUUCCGUCAACGUCAGCGAAGCGAAGCAAAACUCCGAUAUGUCCGAGCUGGACAAGGCUCUGCAAAGCGUCAAGUACUCGCUUGACUCGACGGCUCUGGGAAAUGUUCCUGUCAGUAUUGCCUCACCAGCUGAUGCCACAAAGCGUCAGUCUAUGCCGCAAGGGUCUAUCCGCUCAAUGGGAGACAGUCCGGCUUCCACAAGUGGCAAUGGUGGGCCGAUAUCGAGUCGAACCCGGCGUGCAUUGCAGCUCUCUAACCACCCAGUCCACCGCUAUGAGACCCCUGAAGAGGAAGAUGAGCUUCUGGACGAAGUGCUCCAUUCGGCGAGUCGGGCUGCGAAACGACUAGCACAGGCACAGAUGUCGGACACAUCAUCAACGUACAGUCGGCCCUUGGCGAACGAGACCUCCCACCCCUUGCCUAGCCCAUACCCCACUCCUUCACCGUCGGCGAAGUGCGACGGCGUAUCUUUCGGUGCGAUGGACGCCACCCCAAACAGGCGACUACCGCUUCCGGACGAUAAAUCGGAUCCUUCUACCUCAACCCGUCAAUGGCCUACACCGCCAUACGAGGAUAAUGACUGGAUUAACCCGGCCUCGACAAAAUUCCUGACUGGCUCUACCUACCGGUAG